AUGUAUAUAUUACGUAAAUAUUGAUGGCAUUAAGUAGAUUUUGUUUGUUUACUCUGGCCCCCUCUCCCCGUCUUGCGCCGUAGUGUGUAGAUUUGUAGGGUUAUCGAGUGUGUCAUAUUUUGAAUUAGCUAUUCAUAUCGCUAAUCACUCUUGUUUUUGAAUGCUAUGGAAUUUCUAAACUUGUUUUAAAAAAUGUUACUUUAAAAUUGGCUGAAUUCUAGAUCCUGACUGAAGUUAUAUAUUUAGAUCUGUUAGACUUUCAAAAAGCUAUUAUUUCGAUUUUCUCAGAUAGUAAGUGACCUUAAUAAUCAUGCAAGGCUUCUCAGCCAUCAAAUUGCUUGCAGAGAAGCAGGCAUUUCUGGAUGACCUUAGACCAAAAUAUAUUAUGUCAUCGCUUUUGAGCAAUAAAAUAAUAACUUAUGAAGAGAGUAAAGAAAUAAUGAAUGCCGAUAAAAUAACUGCACAAGUUGAAAAACUUUUUGAAUUUUUAGUUAAAAAAACAUCUGAUGCCAUACACAAAUUUAUAAAAGUACUGAAAAAGGAUGAAGAGGGAUGUGAACCAUACCCAUGGUUGGCAGAAAGAUUAGAAGUGCACUUUAACCAGCUAACUAAUAACCUAAAUGAAAGGUUAGCAAACGGAGGCGUGCCAUUUCAAGUUAACUAUUACCUUUCACGUGAAAAGAAAGUUGAAAGAGUUCGCACAGAAUUAAAGCAAGCAGUUAUAAAAGCGAAGCAAAGUGAAAAUCGUCAUUGGGUUGUUAUGUUUGGCCCUAUUGGAUCUGGAAAAACCGUUUUAGCAGCUGAAGCUCUAAGGAACAAUGAGUUGUUAGAAAACGAGUUUCCUGAUGGUAUUUUUUGGAUUCAAGUUGGUCAUCUUGAUAGUGAAGACGAAGUUAAACUUAAAGUUAAGAAAAUGUACAAGUUUUUAGAUGCAGAACCUCAUAUUAAACUAAGUGAUUCUUAUGGAAAUGAGCAUCUGGCUAAUGAGAGUUUGUUCAACAUGACCUUAGAUUUAAGGAGGAAAAUAUCAAAACUCCCCAAAAUUCUUCUAAUUCUGGAUGAUGUUAGAUGUUCCAGAAUUAUUAAGGCAUUAGAUGUGGGCUGUCCUAUUUUAGUGACUACAAUUUAUAAAGGUGUUGUAGAUGAUGUUUCUUCAUAUGUUACGUACAUAAAUUGUCUGGAUGAUUUUGUAGAAACUGAAAUCAAAGAAUUAUUUUCACUUCAUGUCAAAUGCAAACCUGAAGAGCUGCCUGAUGUAGUUGAUGAAAUUUGUAUAAAAUGUAAUGGAUCACCAAUGGUUGCUAGUCUGAUUGGAAAUGUGAUGCGAGAUUUCAAUGAUGAGGCAAGAUGGAUGAAUCUGAAUGAGAAACUUGCUGAGAGUGUCAACAAAGCUGUUCGUAAGAGGCGUAUCUCUAGAGAUGAGUGGGCGGAAAAGAAAAAUUUGAUUAGCUUUUGCAUAAAUGAGCUUGAAAAAUCUUAUUCAGAUCUAAAGAAAUAUUUCUUAGAUUUUGCAAUAUUUUACAGAGAUUUCUCUGUUCCUCAUACAGUUCUUACUCUUCUUUGGGAAGGCUGUAUGAGUCCAUUUGAGAUUCAAGAUUUUAUGCAAGAAUUAUAUUGCAAGUCUCUCGUUCAGAUUGAAAAGGGAGAAAAUGGUGAGUGUUCCUACAAACUCCAGAGCAUUUGUCUUGAGGUCUUAGUGGACAUGUGCACAAAAGAAGAGAUAAUAGAACGACACCAGAUAUUUGUGAACAAAAUAAUGAAUAAGUGCUUAAUUGAUGAUACAAUUGAUCUUUCAUUGUUAGAUGAUAAAGACUACAUACCUUACACUCUUGGUUAUCAUUUAUAUAUGGCUAAGAGGUAUGAUUUGCUAGAAAAAGUUUAUUUUGACUUGAAUUUUCUGGAACAGAAAAUUCGUAGAUUCGAUCCUGUUGAUUUAUUUCUGGAUUUUCGAAAUUAUGGAGAAUUCUUUCAAAAUAAAAAUGACGUUGAGAUGUUUAAAUCAUUUGUACAUCGCUAUGCUGAUAAAAUACGUUUUAUAGAAAGUGACAUUGUUCAGUUAGCUCUUUUUGAACCAAAUAAUUCUGCUGUUUAUCAGAAAGCUAAAAUAAUAGCACAGAAAAAAGGCAAAUCUUAUUAUGAUUGGUGUAAUAAAGAAGAAAAUAAAAUGAACUUAUUUCAUUUCUGUUCCAUGCCAGUAGAGAAAUUGUCACACACAACUUACAAUUCCAAUUCUUCCCUCAUGGCUGUUGUUGGAGACAAAGCUCUUAUAAUAUCUACUGAUACUUUUGAGGUUGUGCAAGAGCUAUGUGGCCAUUCAAGUACUGUAAACUAUUGUGCUUUUGAUCAUAAAAACCAGAAAAUAGUUACUGCAUCUGAUGAUAAGACUGUUAAAAUCUUUACCAUCAGUCCUAUUGCAGGCUUCCAGGGCAAGAAAAGAGCGUCCUUAAAAUCCAACCCUAGUCAAGAAAAUGGUAUAGAAUCUCCUGUUGAUAAAUCAGUGUACACAUUUUCGCAUCAUAAAUCCAGAGUCCUUUGCUGUGCUUUCUCAAACAAUGACACUCACAUAAUCUCAAGUGAUGAAGGUGGAUUGAUAUUUGUAUGGGAAUUAUUAUCUAGUGAGGCUGGAUACAUCCUGAAUCGUAAACAUAAAAUCGUUGCUGACUCUAGUUGCAAGUUUGUUGCAUUUAGCCCAGAUGAUUCUGUGUUUGCUGCAACUGUCGGAGAUACUAUUAAUCUUUAUAAUUUUGAGACUGGCCACUUAACCAAAGCUUUAUCUCAUGAUGGCAUAUUCGUGCAACAGUUCUGUUUCAUUGACCAAGAAUUUCUUAUAUCUGCACAUGACAAUACCUUAUCAAAAUGGAAUCUUUCUUCAUCAGAAAGGGUCGAAAUUAAUGCCGGUUGGAAGAGGAAUGAUUUGAUUGUUAGCUGUUGUAUAUGUGCCAAUGGCACCUUGUUGGCUUGUGGCACAUCAUCUGCUCAAGUUAUAAUAAUAAAUCUCCGUUUGCAAAAUGUUGUUGGCUUUUUGCUUGGCCACUGUGAUGAGGUUGUCUCUGUUUCAUUUUCCGGAGUUGAUUUUAGGCUGCUGACUGGAUCUUUAACCCGGUAUAUCAUUUAUGAUACUUCAACAAUCAGAGAUACACCUUUAAUUGCCUUUGAAAACAAUUUAAGUGUUCAGAAGAAAGCUGAAGAAAUAUUUAUUGCUUCAUCUGAUUAUUUCAAUCGUGUAGAGGUAAGAAAAAGUGAAGUAAAUGAGGUAGUUUUCCAGUCUGACCCUGAAGAGUCUGAUAUCUCGACAUGCUCAAUAUCCUAUGAUUGCUCAGAAAUUGUUUAUGGGAUGAAAAAUGGACACUUGAAGAUUAUUAAUUUAGCUACUAAUACCUCAAGAUCAUUAUUCCCUUCUCAUUUAAAACAAGUUAAUUACAUACUGCAUUCUAAAACUGAUCUCACAUUUUUUACAUGCUCAGAGGAUAAGACUAUUAAAGUUUGGAGAAAUGGAUCUCAAUCUCUCAUUUUAAAGGGUCACACACAGUCUGUUACAAUGUGUGUGGCUUUCCAAAUGUCAGAUAAAUUGCUGUCAUGCUCCAAAGAUGGUAGUUUAAGGGUAUGGGACACAAACUCUGGUCAGUUAUGCUUACCGCGCAUUGAAGGUCACGGCAACCAAGUUAUAACUUUUUGUGAUGUAUCACGUAAUGAAAAACUUCUUGCUUCAGCUUGUGUUGACAAAACAGUGAAGCUCUGGAAUUCUGAGAAUGGAGAGCAUUUCAAAACUCUUGAGCUAUCUCAACCGGAAGAAGAUCAUCAUGUUAGAUGUUGUAGAUUUUCUCCAAACCGUGAUAUUUUGAUCUCUGGUCAUGACAAUGGUGAUGUCAUUAUGUGGACCUUUCAGGGCAAGCCUGAACAUGUUUCGAAAAUGCCCCACAAAUCUAUGAUUCAUGACAUCUUAUUUAAAAGAGAUGGAUCUCAAUUUUUGACAGUUUCGCAAUUCAUUAAGAUAUGUGAUGUGGCUUCCAAGGACUAUCAAACUCUUGUACUGCCUAGUUCAGUCAUGGGAGUCAAACAACCCUGCAUUUGGGCAUCUGAUGACUUCAACAUCAUCGUUGCUGUUGUUAACUACGUUUUGUACGUUCUGAAAAAGAUUUCAUGAGUGCCUUUUUUUUUUUUUUUUCUAUUUUUGUAAAAUGUGCAAAUUUUGAACAUUAUUAUUUUUGUACUUGUUCUUACUUUUGUGGCAAGAAAUAUAAUUGUUUUAUCAUCAGAAUUUGUUGGAUUUGUACCAAGUAAAGUUAGUCUGUGUUGCAGGGAAAUAGCUUUUACUUUUAAAGAGUUUAACAGUUUUUCUUUGAAUUAGGUGAAUCUUUAAAGCUGCUUUGUUAGAGGCUGUUUCACAUGGAUCCCAACUCAAAACAGAAAACAACAGCCUUGCAGAUUUUCAGAUUAUUUUUCUCAUUAGAUAUUUUUUUAAAAAAUAGAGGGGAAAAAUGCAGAGAUGCCUUUUUAAAAUGUCAAAUGUCUAAAAACAAGUUUCUCAUCAAAAUUAUAAAGCUGAGUUGAAAAAACAAAACAAAAAAUAUUCUAUUAGUUUAUUACAGUUUUUUACUGCACACAGAUUUAUUCCACUUUUUUUUUAGUAAAUUAGUUUAAGUGACAUAAAGUUUGAUGUAUAACUUUUAAAUACCUUUAUUAGUUUUGUUACAUAUCAUUUAAGCUCAAUUUUUACAAUAAUAAUCUCUAUCUGACUGGACAAAUUUGUAUUUAUGAAAAUAAUGCUUCAGAUUUAUUUCAUGAAUUCUUCUAUAGCAGGCUUACUACUUAUGAUAGAGUCACCUGCAAUUUUGUACUGAUAUGAAUAAUCAGCUCAUCCAACAAUUUCUGUUAAACGAUCAUAGAAACGAUCAUAGGUUGCAUCUGGCCUACCUGGUAUCUUUGCUACGUGUGAAAAGAAUGUGUUAUAGUCAAAAUAUUAUUCCCUUCUAUUUAGAUGAUCCUACGAUUUUUUUGUUUCUUGUAGUAUUGUCUGUUGCAUAUUUUUGUGGGGAGUGUGAUAAUGGAAAGUGGGAAAUUAAUACUCAUCUGCUCCCAGAUCUAUAAGUUAGGGUAGUGUAUUCUGUGCAUACUCCAGUAUUAUCUUUUUAUCGUCAAUAAGGAGGAAUCCCCGACCUUAUGGGUUAAUACGGUAACUCUUAAUUUAAUAACUAAAUGAAAAUUUAUAUUCAUCUGAAAUAUUUUAAAAACUUUUCAGAAUUUAUAUAUUUUUUUUCUUUAAUAAAGUCUUAGUAAUGAAAUUUUUUUUUUGAAAAAAGCAAACAAAUUGUUCAAGUUUUAUUAUGACUAUUUUAUCAAUAAUCAAAAUUAAAUGGUUAUACCAGGACUUGUAAAUUGAGGAUAGGGCAAAAGAGCUCAGGGUAUUUUCUACUUUUAACCCUUAUAUGUCAAGCCAGACAUGUACCUAAAUAUUUAGUCAGAAAUACACUAAAAUAUUCAUUAAGCGUGCCUUAAAAAUGUGAUCCUUAACAAAAACUUAUGAAAACAAAGUAGCUUAUUCUUUUUUAUUAUCCUAAUCAUACAUAAUUUUAUACUAAAAAUGAACUGUAAUUGCUGUGCAUCAAUAAUAAUGAAUGUAAAUGUUAAAAUUUAAAGUGAGAAUAUUCUUUUAACUGCUUCAGGAUCCUUCAUUCUCCUAUCUCCUUUCAUGAUUCAUUCUCCUAUCUCCUUUGAUCAUUCUCCUUUCAUGACACACAUUAUUGUAUGGAACCUUUCUAACUAAUAGCACAGGCGUGAUCUCAAUAUUGUACUCUUGUAUUAUAUUUCAUGUUAGUAGGUAUACAUAAUCGUUCACAGAAACUCAGAGUAUGCGGCCUGGAGAUCAUCUUUUUUAUUUUUUUAUCAUUAUUAUGCCAAUCCUGAAGGGGUUAGCAACUCUAGAUUAAGAUGUAAAAUUUGUUUCUUCCUAUUAUACAUAGUUCCUUUUGCUGUUUUGUCUUUCUGGUAAAUAAGGAGGCUUUUGCAAUGAUAAGUUUUUUUAAACGAAUUGUUGCUUUCCUAUAAGUAGAUAUUGAUGUUUUUAUUA